CUAUAAAACACCGCUCUGCCUCUUCUUAGAGAACCCAAAAGCGAAGGGCCGACUCGCAUAUUUGCUGGUGCGCUGCAACUCUCCCCUGCCCCCUGCCCCCUGCCUCCUACUUCCUGCCUACCUCCCUCAGUUUUCUCUCACUUUCUCGCUCAUUUUCCGGGAAAAUCGAGAUCAAGAACUAGCGAGGCAUAGGAAAUACCGGCCAAUCUGUUGACCUUUUCUCCUUCAACUUCCAAAUUUUUCUUCUCCCAAAACUCAGUCUACAAUAUUUUACCACCAAUCGUAAAUCGUGUCCCCCCAAACGUCGUCGUCCCUCCGCUGAAGAUCUCAUCUUUGCCUGAAAGCCUGGGUUUCUUCUCUAAUCUGGAUCUAAAUCCCGUAUCAGUCUCCAAAACAAACUCUCAAGGACUCAGAUUCCUCCUAUAAGAAAAAGCACUACAGAUUUAACAAAAUCAUUAUUAUUAUUAUUAUUAUUAUUAUUAAAUAUUAAAUAUUAUUUUAUAUACACGCACACAUAAUCGGAAGAAUCAAAUCCGAUUUUCUGAUUUUCUGAAUAAUGUUGGCGAGCUCUGGUUCCGUUGUUCAACUCCGAACCAAACCUUCCCUCGCAUCUCAGCUCAAUGCCACGCCGAUAGCAAGGCUCGGGAGCAGAGCCGCCGCAUGCUCUGCUACCAGGAAAUCCACCAAGGCUUUGGCCAACAAGUUCUUCGGGACCCGAUUGCGGCCCGCCGGAUCCGAGAAGCUCCACUUAUGGCGAUCCGACGGUCCCGGCCGCUCGCCCAAGCUUCGGGUCGUCGUCCGCUCCUUACUCUCCGCCGUUCCCGAGAAACCCCUCGGCCUAUACGACCCGUCGUUCGAUAAGGACUCGUGUGGGGUUGGUUUCGUCGCUGAAUUGUCCGGCGAAGGCAGCCGCGAAACGAUUACGGAUGCUUUGGAAAUGUUGGUGCGUAUGGCACACAGAGGAGCUUGCGGGUGUGAAACGAAUACUGGUGAUGGAGCUGGGAUUCUCGUCGGUCUUCCUCACGACUUCUACAAGGAGGUUGCCAAGGAUGUUGGGUUUGAGCUUCCACCGGCAGGGGAAUAUGCUGUUGGAAUGUUUUUCUUGCCCACAUCUGACAGUCGAAGAGAAGAAAGCAAAAAUGUAUUUACAAAGGUUGCAGAGUCUCUUGGACAUACUGUUCUUGGAUGGCGAUCUGUUCCGACAGAUAACUCAGACUUGGGGAAGUCUGCUUUGCAGACAGAACCUGUUAUUGAGCAAGUGUUUCUUACCCCGACUCCAAGGUCAAAACUUGACCUCGAGCGACAGAUGUACAUACUCAGAAGGGUUUCAAUGGUUGCCAUCCGAGCUGCAUUAAACCUUGAACAUGGUGGUGCUAAAGACUUCUAUAUAUGUUCCCUUUCCUCAAGGACUGUUGUUUACAAAGGUCAGCUGAAGCCCAUUCAGCUGAAGGAUUACUAUUUUGCAGAUCUUGGCAAUGAAAGCAUGGGAACAACCAGUAACUGAAGAGAUGCAAGGUUGAGGAAUGACUUCUGAGGCAUUGAGGUUUGAAUGAUCUCUUAAGUUCUUCCACUCCCUUGAUUACUAAUUGAAAUUGGAUGCUGGAUUGGAUGCAUUGGGUGAGUUGGUAAGAAACCUCAUUAUCAAGUAAAUCAUGUUUGCAGAAACUUGGUGCGGUGCUCUCUAUGAUGAGUUGUUGAGGAUGAAAAUUCCACACAAGUGGUGAAAAGGAAAUUGUGUUUGGUCGAAGUAUAGAUUAGGAUUUCAAUUUGUACUCGCACUGCAGUUUACUUCUGAUUGGAGCGGCCUGAACACAAUUUCUCGUGUGUGGUUUUAGGCUUUUAGCAUCGGAUUUCCAUAUUCUGAAUAAAGAAUAUGGAGUUGUAUAUGACAAUAUCGGUUCUUUUGAUCAUUUGUGCAGGUACACUCGCGGUUCUCAACAAAUACUUUUCCCAGCUGGGAUCGUGCUCAGCCUAUGCGUGUCAUUGGCCACAAUGGAGAAAUCAAUACCCUUAAAGGAAAUGUUAACUGGAUGAAGGCACGCGAGGGACUGCUUAAGUGCAAGGAACUUGGUCUAUCAAGAAAUGAGUUAAAGAAGCUGUUACCAAUUGUGGAUGCCAGUUCUUCUGAUUCAGGAGCUUUUGAUGGUGUCCUUGAGUUUCUGGUUCAAGCUGGCAGAAGCCUUCCUGAAGCUAUGAUGAUGAUGAUUCCUGAAGCAUGGCAAAAUGACAAGAACAUGGAUCCUCAUAGGAAAGCGCUGUAUGAAUAUUUCUCAUCUCUCAUGGAGCCAUGGGAUGGGCCAGCUCUUAUAUCAUUUACUGAUGGUCGCUAUUUGGGAGCUACACUGGAUCGUAAUGGACUUCGGCCUGGUCGAUUUUAUGUCACCCACAGUGGACGAGUUAUUAUGGCCAGUGAAGUUGGUGUAGUAGACAUUCCUCCAGAAGAUGUCAGUAGGAAAGGAAGACUUAACCCUGGAAUGAUGCUUUUGGUGGAUUUUGAGAAUCAUAUUGUUGUAGAUGAUGAAGCUUUGAAGCAGCAAUACUCGUUGGCAAGGCCAUACGGGGAGUGGCUUGAGAGGCAAAAGAUUGAGCUCAAGGACAUAGUAGCUUCUGUUCAAGAAUCUGACAGGGCCCCUCCAUCCAUAGCGGGAGUUAUUCCUGCAUCUACUGAUGAUGAAAACAUGGAAAACAUGGGAAUCCAUGGUUUAUUGGCACCAUUGAAAGCUUUUGGCUAUACACUUGAAUCCCUGGAAAUGUUGUUGCUUCCCAUGGCAAAAGAUGGUGUAGAGGCUCUUGGGUCAAUGGGAAACGAUACCCCAUUGGCUGUCAUGUCUAACAGAGAAAAGCUUACGUUUGAGUAUUUCAAGCAAAUGUUUGCUCAAGUUACAAACCCUCCAAUUGAUCCCAUCCGAGAGAAGGUAGUCACUUCUAUGGAAUGCAUGAUUGGUCCGGAGGGUGAUCUGACAGAAACCACUGAAGAACAAUGUCAUCGUCUCUCACUCAAGGGUUCUCUUUUAACCAUAGAAGAAAUGGAAGCAAUCAAAAAAAUGAACUACAGAGGUUGGCGUUGCAAAGUUCUUGAUAUAACUUAUUCCAAGGAACGUGGUAGGGAAGGAUUGGAGGAGACCUUGGAUAGAAUCUGUGCUGAAGCACGUGAAGCGAUUAAGAAGGGAUAUACCACACUUGUUCUUUCAGACAGAGCCUUCUCCCCAAAGCGUGUUGCUGUAAGCUCCCUUUUAGCUGUUGGUGCUGUUCAUCAACACCUAGUUAAAAAUCUUGAACGCACAAGAGUAGGGUUGAUAAUUGAAUCUGCUGAGCCACGUGAAGUACACCAUUUCUGUACACUAGUUGGUUUUGGUGCAGAUGCUAUCUGCCCAUACUUGGCUAUAGAAGCCAUUUGGAGACUGCAGGUUGACGGAAAGAUCCCACCAAAAGCUAAUGGUGUAAUAUACUCAAAGGAUGAACUGGUUAAAAAGUACUUCAAAGCAAGCAACUAUGGAAUGAUGAAGGUUCUUGCCAAGAUGGGGAUAUCCACUUUAGCCUCUUACAAGGGUGCACAGAUUUUUGAAGCUUUGGGUCUUUCAUCAGAAGUAAUUGAGAGGUGCUUUGCCGGAACCCCUAGUAGGGUUGAGGGUGCAACAUUUGAGAUGCUUGCUCAUGAUGAACUUCAUAUGCACGAGUUGGCAUUUCCAUCUCGAACUUUUCCUCCAGGAAGUGCAGAAGCAGUUGCACUGCCAAAUCCUGGGGAUUAUCAUUGGAGAAAAGGUGGUGAGGUUCACCUAAAUGAUCCCUUUGCUAUUUCAAAACUUCAAGAGGCUGCUAGAACUAACAGUGUGGCUGCAUAUAAAGAAUACUCGAAGUUCAUUCAUGAAUUAAACAAAGCCUGCAAUCUCCGGGGUCUUCUGAAAUUUAAAAGCACAGAGCAGAAGAUUCACUUGGAUGAAGUGGAACCUGCCAGUGAGAUUGUAAAACGGUUCUGUACUGGUGCUAUGAGUUAUGGAUCAAUAUCAUUGGAGGCACACACUACACUGGCCAUGGCUAUGAACAAAAUUGGAGGAAAGUCAAAUACAGGUGAGGGAGGUGAGCAGCCGUCUCGUAUGGAGCCACUUCCAGAUGGUUCAAGAAACCCAAAGAGGAGUGCAAUUAAGCAGGUUGCUAGUGGCAGAUUUGGAGUUUCAAGUUACUAUCUUACGAAUGCUGAUGAACUGCAGAUAAAAAUGGCUCAGGGGGCCAAGCCUGGUGAAGGAGGUGAGCUUCCUGGGCACAAGGUUAUUGGAGACAUUGCUGUUACAAGGAAUUCUACUGCUGGUGUGGGUCUUAUCAGUCCACCUCCCCAUCAUGAUAUCUACUCGAUUGAAGACCUUGCUCAAUUAAUUCAUGAUCUUAAGAAUGCUAACCCGACAGCUCGAAUUAGCGUAAAGUUAGUAUCUGAAGUAGGUGUUGGAGUAGUUGCUAGUGGAGUUGUGAAGGGGCAUGCUGACCAUGUGUUAAUCUCUGGACAUGAUGGAGGCACAGGGGCCUCUAGAUGGACGGGUAUUAAGAAUGCUGGGCUUCCAUGGGAACUUGGUUUGGCUGAGACGCAUCAAACCUUGGUUGCUAAUGAUCUUCGCGGUCGCACAACUCUUCAGACAGAUGGCCAACUAAAAACCGGAAGAGAUGUUGCCAUAGCCGCACUUCUUGGUGCAGAAGAGUUUGGUUUCAGCACAGCACCCCUCAUAACUCUUGGCUGCAUUAUGAUGCGGAAGUGCCAUAAGAAUACCUGUCCUGUUGGCAUUGCAACCCAAGAUCCAGUACUUCGUGAGAAGUUUGCAGGAGAACCAGAACAUGUCAUUAAUUUUUUCUUUAUGGUAGCAGAAGAAUUGAGAGAAAUAAUGUCACAGCUUGGUUUCCGUACUUUAAAUGAGAUGGUUGGUCGUUCAGAUAUGCUUGAAGUCGAUAAAGAUGUGACUAGAAACAAUGAAAAGCUUGAUAACAUUGAUCUAUCCUUAUUACUUAGACCUGCAGCAGACCUUCGGCCUGACGCUGCACAAUAUUGUGUCCAGAAACAGGAUCAUGGUUUGGACAUGGCUCUUGACCACAAACUAAUUUCUCUGUCCAAGGCUGCUAUUGAAAAGUCUCUUCCUGUAUACUUUGAAACAACUAUUUGCAAUGUGAAUCGUGCUGUUGGGACAAUGCUUAGCCAUGAGGUGACCAAACGUUACAACAGGGAAGGGCUUCCUGCUGACACUAUCCAUAUCAAAUUCAAUGGAAGUGCAGGACAAAGUCUCGGAGCAUUCCUGUGCCCGGGUAUCAUGCUUGAGCUUGAAGGUGACAGCAAUGAUUAUGUUGGAAAAGGAUUGUCAGGUGGAAAGAUUGUAGUUUAUCCUCCCAAGAAAAGCAAGUUUGAUCCAAAAGAAAAUAUUGUGAUCGGUAAUGUUGCUCUUUAUGGUGCAACUAGUGGAGAGGCAUACUUCAAUGGAAUGGCAGCAGAAAGAUUCUGUGUUCGCAAUUCUGGUGCUAGGGCAGUUGUCGAAGGCGUUGGGGAUCAUGGUUGUGAAUACAUGACCGGUGGCACUGUUGUGGUGCUUGGGAAAACUGGCAGGAACUUUGCUGCUGGUAUGAGUGGUGGUAUUGCCUACAUUCUUGAUGUGGAUGGGCAAUUUCGGUCCCGAUGCAAUCUCGAGCUUGUAGAUCUUGAUAAACUUGAAGAAGAAGAUGUGAUGACCCUUAAAAUGAUGAUACAGCAGCAUCAACGGCACACAAACAGCUUGCUGGCCAGUCAAGUACUGGCUGAUUUUGGCAAUCUUUUGCCUAAGUUUGUCAAGGUUAUCCCAAGAGAGUACAAGCGUGUUCUUGCAAAUAUGAAAGACGAAGCCUCCAAACAGGAUGCUGUUGACGAAGCUGAGCAAGACGAACCAGAGUUAAUUGAGAAAGAUGCUUUUGAAGAACUUAAGAAGUUGGCAGCAUCAUCAUCAUUAAAUGGGAAAUCCAAUCAGACGGUAGAGGAUUCUGAAAUAUUUAAGAGGCCUUCUCAGGUCAGCGAUGCUGUCAAACAUCGCGGUUUUAUUUCUUAUGAGCGUGAGGGCGUUCAAUAUAGGGAUCCUAAUGUUCGGAUGAAUGACUGGAAGGAAGUUAUGGAGGAAACUCAACCUGGACCGCUAUUAAAGACUCAGUCAGCCCGUUGCAUGGACUGUGGCACUCCUUUCUGCCAUCAGGAGAACUCUGGAUGUCCUCUUGGUAAUAAAAUACCCGAGUUCAAUGAGCUGGUGUACCAGAAUAGGUGGCAUGAAGCAUUAGAAAGACUUCUAGAGACAAAUAACUUCCCUGAGUUUACUGGUCGAGUUUGCCCGGCACCUUGUGAAGGUUCCUGUGUUCUGGGUAUUAUUGAGAAUCCUGUAUCUAUCAAAAGCAUCGAAUGUGCCAUCAUAGACAAGGCUUUUGAGGAAGGUUGGAUGGUUCCACGACCUCCUCUCAAGAGAACUGGGAAAAGGGUUGCCAUUGUUGGAAGCGGACCAGCUGGUCUAGCUGCUGCUGAUCAACUAAACAGAUUAGGCCAUACGGUGACUGUGUAUGAGCGUGCUGAUAGAAUUGGAGGGCUCAUGAUGUAUGGAGUUCCUAAUAUGAAGGCUGACAAAGUGGAUAUAGUUCAACGGCGGGUUAACCUUAUGGCUGAGGAAGGUGUCAACUUUGUGGUUAAUGCUAGUGUUGGAAAUGAUCCUUUGUACUCGCUUGAUCGCCUUCGAGAGGAGAAUAAUGCCAUUAUUUUAGCAGUAGGAGCAACAAAACCAAGGGACCUUCCUGUACCAGGGCGAGAGUUGUCAGGUGUUCAUUUUGCUAUGGAGUUCCUUCACGCAAACACCAAAAGCUUACUAGAUAGCAAUCUUCAGGAUGGUAACUAUAUUUCUGCUAAGGGCAAGAAAGUUGUGGUAAUUGGUGGAGGUGACACUGGCACUGAUUGCAUAGGAACAUCCGUUAGACAUGGCUGUAGUAGCAUCAUAAAUUUGGAGCUUCUCCCUCAGCCACCACGAACAAGGGCUCCAGGAAACCCUUGGCCACAGUGGCCUCGUGUAUUCCGGGUAGAUUACGGGCACCAAGAAGUUGCAGCUAAGUUUGGCAAAGAUCCAAGAUCUUAUGAGGUGCUUACUAAGAGAUUUGUGGGAGAUGAGAAUGGGGCUGUGAAAGGACUUGAGCUGGUUAGUGUCAAAUGGGAGAAGGAUGCUACUGGGAAGUUCCAAUUCAAGGAAAUCGAGGGCUCUGAGGAGAUCAUCGAGGUUGACCUAGUCCUACUAGCAAUGGGUUUCCUUGGACCUGAGGCGACGGUAGCAGAGAAGUUGGGGUUGGAGCGUGACAAUCGCUCAAACUACAAGGCGGAGUAUGGUCGGUUCUCAACCAAUGUGGAUGGGGUAUUUGCAGCUGGGGACUGCCGGCGUGGUCAAUCCCUGGUGGUGUGGGCAAUCUCAGAGGGGCGGCAAGCUGCUGCACAAGUUGACAAAUACCUCUCCAUUGAGGAAGAAGACGACCACACCAUUAGCAAUGGCAGCCAUGAAAAUAUUUUGAAGAGGCAUCAAGAUCUUAGCAAGAGGAACACAGGUAGUAGCAAACACACAGUGAUGACAUAGAUGACAUGAUCAUCAAGAUUUUUACUAAAGAACCAAGACAGCAGCAAGCAAAUACAGUGACAGCGACACAGAAACAUAUGGCUUGUGUCGAUUUUGGAAGGAAGUUUCAAGAUUGAUUAGCCUCAUGGGUGAACCACUUCGUUCGUGAUGCGAUGGAGCUGAGGCCAGAAGGGACAGCAGAAGCAGGAGGCGGCGGCUUCACUUUUGGGGGCAACAAAGCCUUUCUAUUCUCGCAUAAUCAAAGUAGUUUUUUCAGCGGAGCCUGGGUAUAGGUUUUAGAAUAUUUCUUUGUUUAUAGUUUUACCCGGGUCUUUUUUGCGUGGUUGUUUUAAAGGAAUAAUGUACAGUUUUGGUUCUUCACCAAUUAUUUAAGAUUAUAUAUAUGAUGGGGAAUUAUUAUUA